AUGACUCCCGUCGCUGCCCAUACGACGGGCUCUUCCGAUGCCGCCGCUGCCCUCAGAGGCGCAACUCUUGCCUUCAACAAGAACAAAAAACCAGCUCCGCCGCCGCCGCUGCAAAAGAAUAAUGGUGCGCUGACCGCGGCAACGUCAGCUGGUCGUCCACGAAGCCCCGUCAAGAAGCUCGGUGCGCAGAGCACGGGCGGAAGCACAAUCGAUGCUGAACAAUACGGUCAGAAUGGAGGCUCCAUAGCUGCCAGGCUGAAGCAGUUGGGCGCCAAUCCGGGCCAGCUUCAUCCGAGUACAGCCGUGGGGAGGACAGAUCCUAAGAGCGCUAGCUUCAUCGCUGCCACUCUGGCUGCCAGUCGAAGUGCUAGCCCAAGCCCCAAAGCGCGAACGCCACGAAGGAAAACAAGCAUUGGAGGUUCAUCGAGCAGUGGUGAUAUAGUCGACGCAGGGUCUAUUCAGCCUACCGGGUCACUGGUCUCCAUGUUUGAGCAAAGUCGUACAGGCGAUCCUGUGAAGCAUGACUCUCCAAAGAGAACUCCCAUAAAAGCAAAGGGACUGGAUAGGAACAUCUCAGAAGAACGAAUCACGCGUACGGAGGAGAGAUCCUCUCUAGACUUGAAACCCAAACCAAAGCCCAAGCCAAAACCUCGACCUUAUACACCAGAGCCUCUGACACCGAGCAGACCAGCUCCAGAGGUACUGUCACCUAAGCCAUCACGUCCUCCAAAGCCAGUCCUACGGCCAAAAACACCGCCUCAGAUUAUUACUCGCCAUGCGACCCAAGUUCUAUCACCGCCGUCACCAGAUCCUCAAAAACGCAGCCCCAGACCUAGGGUAGAACUGAAGCAACGGCCACCAACACCACCGCAGCCUAGGGGAACGAGCAAACCAAAGAUCGAGUCCAAGAGUGUCUUACAAGAUAAGCCACUUACCAUCACACAAAAACGUUCCGCUCCUCAAUUAGAGGCUCGAUUAUCUCGACCAAGGCCCACUCCGCCUACUCCUACAGAGGCACGCCCGACAUCGGCUCUCACAGUGUCUUCAGACGAUACUUUCGUCUCUGCAUCCUCUGUACAGUCGCCUUCACGGUCACCUACAAGAGAGUCUCCCCCGGUCUAUCCCAUGAGACGGCAUUUUACGGGUAGUAACCCGCCAUCGCCAACUCGGGAUUUCAGACGCGGGCACCUGAAAAGCUCAUCAGUCACAAGUCUUCCGCUCGAAUCACUCACCAGUGCCAUUGUUGCUGGUUCACUCGCAUCAGCUCGCCUGACACCGCACAAUACAGGAGGUAGUUUAGCUCCACCAUUGCCAAGACGGCAAAAAUCACCUCGAAUGAUGCAAACACUACGGCAACCACCCAAGCCUCUUGAAGAAGAAACAGAUCGUCACAAAAAGAAAGGCCUGAAACUUCACAAGGGAAAGCACGCACACCACGAAGGCGCUCGAAAGAAGUGGCGAGAAGAGGUAACACCCCGUGAACGGAAACGAUACGAGGCAGUAUGGGCCUCAAAUCGCGGGCUUCUACUAGACCUACCCAACGCUCCUGGUGAAGCCAUGAACGGGGAUUCUUCAGACUGUGUUCUCAACACAGUUGUUCGCGAAAUCUGGAAGCGCUCGCGUCUACCAAUUGAUGAACUAGCUGAGGUUUGGGAUCUAGUUGACCGCCAAGGUGAAGGUGUUUUGGGACGUCAAGAGUUUGUCGUUGGUAUGUGGUUGAUUGACCAACGGCUUCGUGGACGCAAGAUUCCAACCAAAAUACAAAAGCCAUGA